AUGCUCUUCUCUAUCUUCCUUUUCCUCUUGAUCCCUACAACUUUCGCCCUUUCUGUUCUACCGACACCCACGCCUAAGCCUACGAUCGCAUCUGCUUUCCCAGCCAGCACAACAAUUGGUAUUCCCAAACCUACUUCACCACCUCUGGUGGAAAGAUGUGAAGGCGGUGAUUGUACCUUUGGUGGUACAGGAACAACUUUACAAGCAUCAGUAGUUACUUCCACGAUACUAUCAACUACUUCAGUUCCAUGUUAUAUUACCACAUAUAUAACGAAUAGUGAAACUCGAACUGAAACAAUCUACUCAACAGAGAUUAUAACUUCCACGAUAACGAAAGAAGGUACUGUUUUCAUCAUACAGUAUAGUCCCACACCUGUAUUGAUGAGUACACCUAUCACCUCCGUGAUGGAAAUAACCAAUACAUGGUGGAGUUAUUGGUUAACUUCGAGUGGAUCAGGGUAUCAAGUCACCUCCAAAGGUCAAGAUUCAACUAUUUACGGUGGCGGUUCCAAUACCGUUACUAAAGGUGGUAACGACAAUGGAAAUGACUGGAAACCUACAAGUAGCGAUAAGGGUUGGAAUGGUGGUUCAAAUGUCGGUACAGGUACAGGAACAGCAUGGACACAUGUAAACGCCAACAACGCCGUCAUAUCUUCUUCAGUACCUGUAGCUGGGGUCACUGUGGGAUCGAAUGACGGUUGGGGUAGCUCAGCUGGAACAGGAACACAAGUCAAUGGCGGCUUGGUCAAUUGGAAUGACGCCUGUAGAAGAACGAGCAGUGUUGGAUGGGAAAUGAAAGCGACUUUCUAUACCACCAUUACGAUCGUGAUAGUAUGGGAAGUCACGCAUUUCCUCGCUUAA